ACUUCCAAGUCUUAAUUAAGAAGAGAGAUGUCAUUGACAGGCAAAAGAGUUGCUCAGAUUAAGAUCAAGGCGAAAGGUGAUGUUUUUCAAAACUGUAAAACACACGAUGGUGAAACUGGAACUGUGGGUUGUGUCCUUCACUGGAACUACUUUCAUGAUGGAAAAAACUGUGUGGCAAAAACGCUAAUCCUUGACAUCGACGAGGAGAAGAAGUUAACCAGCUUUAAGAUCGUUGAAGGCGAUUUCCUAGAGUUGUAUAAAAACUUUCUCAUAUAUCACAUGGACCGUCGAGUAUGA